AUGCCAGUCUUGAAGAAUCUUCAGCUGCCACGACGACAGAAGAUUGCUCUCAUGGCCGUUUUUGCGCUAGGUGCUUUUGUCUUGAUCACGAGUAUCCUUCGCCUUCAGAGUUUACUUGUUAUAUCUGAGUCAUCAGACCCAACCUACGACAAUGUCGGCGCCGCCACCUGGUCUGCCAUCGAAUGCAAUGUCGCCAUCAUAUGCGCCAGCCUCCCAGGAAUUCGCGCCCUCAUCUCGCGCCUCAUUCCCCGAUUCUUCUCUACCCGCAGCGGCUCUAGGAGCAGAAGCGUCAAAGGCCCCGUGAACCGUUUCUCCCACAGUCGUCGAAACACGAAUCCCAUGCUUUUUCAAACGUCGACGUCUGUCGUCGGGAACGCGCCAGACUACCGGUUGCAGGAUCUGGACGCGCGUCGUGAACGUAACGAUGUAGAGGAUGUGGUGGAUGGCGGUCAUAAUUCAGAUAGUAUCAAGGUCACGACGAUCCUGUCUCAGGAGGUUAUGGACAGUCAAGGGAGUCGGAGCGCGCCGGAUGAGGAUUCUAGUGUGCGGAGACUGGUUAAUAAAUGA